AUGUCGCGAAAAGUCCAUAGUGUUGCCGUCGCCGGUGGCCGAGGCAAUGUUGGCACGCCCGUCGUGACUAACCUCCUUGCUCACGGCUUCGACGUCACAAUCCUCGUCCGCAAGUCUAGUGACACCAGCAGUCUCCCAACUUCGGCCAAGGUCAAAAAGGUGGACUUCGAAUCCACCGAUGACCUGACUGCGGCACUGUCUGGACAGGAUGCUUUCGUCGACUGCACGCUGGUUCAAGAUGACACUCCAAAACGCCUCAUUGACGCUUCUCUAGCUGCUGGAGUCUACCGCUAUAUCCCUUCUGAUUGGAGCGUCGACCCGCUCAACAACGCGGCCAACUCUUUGCCCGUUUUCUCAAAGCGGGUCGAACGCGACAACUACCUUUACGAAAGGUGCAAGUCAUCUAAUGGGAAAAUGACAUGGACGAUUGUUGCGAACGGACCAUUCUUGGACUGGAACCUCCGAACAGGGUUCAUGGGCAUCAAUCUCUUCGAGAAGCGCGCGGAGCUCAUGGACGGCGGCGACAAUCGUGUAGUGUGGACGACCCUGGACUCGGUCGGCAAAGCGGUCGCGGGGGUCAUGGAACACCCCGAAGAGACGGAGAACAGGCCCGUUUAUGUGCAAUCCGUGGUCAAGAGUUGCCACGAGAUGCUGAAGCACGCACAGGCCGCGCUCGGGACGGAUGGAUGGCAGGUUGUCAGUGUGAAUGCUGAGGAGGCCAAUAACAAGGCGUUGAGUGACCUCUUUAGCGGCAAGUUUGACAUGUCGACUUUUGGCACGAUGAUCAGGUUUGCCAAUUCCAGGUCUGAGACGUCCGCUCCAUGGGUCAAGUCGGACAACGGGCUUUUAAGGGUGCCGUCGAUGUCAGACGGUGAUCUGGAAGGAUUGAUCAGAAGUAUUGCGAAGACUGCGGCUUAG